AAAAUGUCUCAACGUCUUUUGGGAGCACUUGGUCAGAUUGGUAUUGGAUUGGCAAUUGCUGGUGGAGUUGCUCAAUCAGCGCUUUACAAUGUUGAUGCUGGUCAACGUGCCGUUAUAUUUGACCGAUUUGCUGGUGUAAAGCCUGACGUUAUUGGAGAGGGAACCCAUUUUAUAAUUCCAUGGGUUCAAAAACCAAUUAUUUUUGAUAUUCGUUCAACGCCAAGAACUGUUAGUACUGUGACUGGUAGUAAAGACCUUCAAACUGUUUCGAUAACUUUACGUAUUUUGCAUAGACCGGAUCCAGUUAAAUUGCCGACAAUUUACAAUACAAUUGGACAGGAUUAUGCUGAACGUGUUUUGCCUUCAAUUACGAAUGAGAUCCUUAAGGCUGUCGUUGCCCAAUUUGAUGCUCAUGAAAUGAUUACUCAACGUGAGUCUGUCAGUCAUCGUGUUUCACUCGAAUUGGCUGAACGUGCAAAAACUUUUGGAAUGAUGCUUGAUGACAUUUCUAUUACACAUCUUUCCUUUGGACGCGAAUUUACUGAAGCUGUUGAAAUGAAACAAGUUGCACAACAAGAGGCUGAACGUGCGCGUUAUUUGGUAGAAAAAGCGGAACAGAUGAAGUUGGCUGCGAUUACAACGGCAGAGGGAGAUGCGCAAGCAUCUAAGAUGCUCGCCCAAGUAUUUUCGCAAGUCGGUGAUGGACUCAUUGAACUCCGUAAAUUAGAAGCGGCAGAAGAGAUCGCCGAGUUACUUGCAUCUUCCAAAAACGUUACUUAUUUGCCUAAGGACAUCAACCCUUUGAUUUCUUUGCCAUCGUAAUUUUGACAAUUGGAGAAAAGGUUAUUUAUCUCAAAUUUAAAGAACUAUUUUCACUUUGUUAGUUGUUUUUUGAUGUUAUCGUCUUUUUAAAGAGAUAAAAUUUUAAAAGUAAAUUAUUUAAAAAUUACGUUUAAGGUAAAAAAUAAAUUUAUUUUUUCUGAUAACAAGAAAGAAUAUCAAAAAAAUUAAAACAUUCACAACAAAAAUAUUUAAAUUUUCAUUAAUUAACAUUAGUCCCAUCCUCGGAGAAAAUACCUCAAUCUAGUACAAUAUUUUUGACAGAUUUCUCUCAUCUGGCACUGGGAACUUCUAUAUUUAUUGGAAAAUACUUUUUAAAAAUAAUGGGUAUCUUAGGUGUCAGCGCUCCCACCCCACAGUGGCCAAAUGAAUUAAAGAUUUUUCGUGGUAACUAAAUUUGAGGUAUGACUGUAUAUUAUUUUUUAAAUUUGCCUCCCAAUCCUGGCUCUUCUGGUACAGCUUCUUCAUUAACUGGUGGCAAUGCUGCUGCUGCUUGAUGAUGUUUUGAUGAUAAUGGAGAUAAUUUUGGAGGUCUUGGUCCAAGUAUGUCGUAAAGUCUAUCACCUUCCGAAAUAGUUUCUCGUAAUAAAAGCUCGAAAGAUGUUAAUGAUUCUUGUUUUGAAAACGCAAUGACAAUG